AGCUACUAUUCUUUCAUUUCUCUAUCAGAGUGAUAUUAUGCCUAAAUUCGUCACCCAGCUUAACAAUUACUUCCAGGCUCGGGGCGAUACCAGUGUUCUAAGUUAUCAAGAGUCGGUCGUCGGGCCCUCCGACAGGGCCGAGUGGACUGUUGUUUGCAAAGUAUCUGGUGAAAUCAAAGGGAUAGGCGUGGCUCCUUCCAAAUCUGCUGCUAAGGAAAUGGCAGCUAAGCAAGCGCUUCAUGGCCUCGGUGUAGCUUAAUCAGCCUGCGUCUAAUAGGAACUUUUUGACUGUAUAAAUAAUCUAUGUACGGGCUUCGUUACAAUAAUACCUGUGUUUAUCCUCGGC